AUGACAGCAACAAACAACAGCAACAGCAACUUUAUCGUUUCUGAUGAAAAAGUUAUUGAUUCAUUAGCUGAGGAAUUAGUUGUGGCAGAAACUAAAACCCUCAACGAAAGAAUUGGUGAAAACAAGAUUGAUUUACAUAACUACCUCAAACAUGAUGGAGGAAGAGGAAGGAAAACUGGUGUGGCUUUAUUAGUAAAUAAAAUUUCAAAUUUAACGAUUAUAGAUGUUGAUAUCAAUAAAUCAUACAAUGAUGAACUUAAAGAAACAGUUAGAAAAGAUAUUUUAUCAAAACUUUCGGAUAAAGAUGUUAUCGUUAAAACCGCUUCAGGAGGUCUUCACAUUUAUUGCAACACUAAUUUCUUCUAUGCAGUUUCGAACAGAAUGAUUAAAUGUUAUUCCUGCAAUGAUUAUGAUAUUGAUAUCAUGACUUCAAUGGAUGAUUCAAAGCGUUCAUUAGUAGUUAUGGCUGAUUCAAGAGUUCGAAAGAAUGCAACAGAACCAAUCAAAACAUACUCAUUCAUUCGUGGAAGUUACGACUCGACCAUAACCAGAACAGUGAAUGAUAUAUUAAAUGAUUUGAAUAUUAAGGUAAGAGUUGAACAGAAGAACGAAGAAAUAAAGACUAUCAUGAAUGAAAACAAAGAUGUAAACAUUGACGAUAAACUUGCCCAGAGCAUAGUUGAUGGUAUUAGUGAUUUUGAAGUACAUAAUGACGGUGGAAACAUGAAUUUAGAAAAAGAAGUUACAUUAUUCACACUGUUUCAAGCAAUUAAUUCGUUACCUAAUCAUUUAAUUAAUGAAGCAUACGAUAACGUUUAUAACUUCUGCAAUUUAACUGAAAAUGCAAAAA